GUACCUGUUAUGACCUUUCACCCCACGCGGAAAAUAGCGUCUGCUACACUUUUCGUUCCAGGACGUCCUAAAAAAAAGUGGUCAACAUCAACUCUCCGAAAACCAGUUUCUGGAGUAAUUAAUUUAUAAAGUCAGGCAAGAUGCCGGAGCAAACAGUGUCAAAGUCUGAAGGCACUCAGACAGACUCGAUUCCAUUCAUUUUUUCCCUUGAUCCGGCGUACAUCGAGUACGGGCGGUCGGGCCUCCUGCUGCUGGUGUUCUUGGUGGCAAUGUGGGCCCGCAACAGGCGGACCUGGAUCCUCGUGGACACGGUCGCUGUCUGCGUAUUCGGCCUGGCGUUCAUGUUCAUCCCAGAAAAGCUUCUUACCUUUCAAGUGGUUAGCAAAGUCAAGAUAGAGGGCAUCAUAGUCAUGCUGUGUCGAACCUUUGGUUCCUUCAUGAUUGGUUCCGGCUUGUCCUGGUUCUUCCUGCGCAAGUCGACCGACAACUACACGCAAGUCAUGCUGCUGGCUACCAGGGUUGUGGGCAAUUCAGCUCUCUUGGUGUCUAUGUACGUGGCCAGGACCCAGGGCAAACUACUGAAUGAGCAAUUUGUGAGGUUUGGAGUCUUGGGCGCGGUCCUCUGGACGCUCGGCAGCGCCCUGUACUUCCUGGCGGCCAAAAACUACGGCGGCCACACCCAACUGGACAGCUGGCUUAACUUCCACCUGCGGUUCGACUUCUUCCUGUCCUUGAUGUUUGGUCUGUUCUGGUACUCGUACCCUGCGCUGGUGCUGAAGAUGCAUGUUCCGGAGUCCACCGUGAAAAUCAACGAUGUGCAUGUUCUCCUGGAGCAGGCGGUUGGGGCCAUGCUGAUUGGCUCGGCCAUCCUGAGUGCUGUGGCCCCGGGGUUCAUGUUUCACGAGGACAAGAGGAAUGUCCUCCUCUGCAGGAUCCUGACUAUUAUCUUGGUGGUGGUGACGUCACUCUCGUCCCUGGACCAUUCAGACAUUGACAAGAGCGUCAUGCUGGGCCACUUGGUGGGUGUGACCUGGCUCAUCAAUGCCGGCCUGGGGUACUUUGCCCCCCAUGAGACGGAUGGGUACUGGAGCGGCCGGAACAGAGCCAACAAGAAGGACUAGGAGGGUGCAGUAGAGAGGGGCAGGGUAUGGUUUAUAUGGACAGGCAGAGAGACAUUUUACCACCAGGAGAAAUAUGGAUGAUGAAAGCAGGUUCAUUCCUCGCUCAAAAUUCAUUUUUCUUGUUUUAUGAGGCCAGCCACAGUGGGCAGACAGUGAAAUAAAAAUGCGUUGACUUUUAAGAAAAUUGCAGUGUUUAUUGCAAUGUUCUUUAAGAAUUGAAGAUGUGGUGCUUUUUUCUCAAAUUUUGGGGGAUCCAAUUGAAUUGUGAGUUUCUAUUUUGUGUAAAUGUUAUUAUUUUUUUAAUGAAAUUUGUUGACCUAUCGUGGACCUAAAUUUCCAGAAAAACUGAGGUUUUGUACCUCUCUGCCCAGAUUCUGUGCCAUGCUUGAAGAGUGUUCAUACCGGUUUGUUUAUCAAGUGAGUCUUUGGAAUCUUUCCCUGUAAAAAGUUAGAAUAUAGUUUUCUCUGUAAUGUAGAUUAGUUUGUAAUUUUUAACUGAUGGUUAUAGUAUCUAGUGCAGUACAUUUGUAUUUUAACAUUUGGGUAAUGUGAUUAUUUAGAAUGAGUGCCGUGUAGAAUCACUAUUUUGCUUUUCUGUAGUUUUGCUUUUAUUUGCUUUCUGAAAAUAUCAACAUUGCUCCUCUUGUACUUGCCA